AUGCCGUGGGUCAGGCCCGAAGGUUCAGGGGGGUCAAACUCCUUGUCAUGGGAGGACGUCAGAUCCAGCUCUGUGUUUGUCAUGCAGAGGCACCGGUCGCACCGAGCUCCGGACUAUCUCAGGAACAUGCUUGCUUCUGUGAGGCGCCACCUGCGCUCAGGGACUUGUGAGUACCAAAUCCUCCUGGCUGAUAAGCAUCGGACGAAGGUGGCAGAGGCAGCAACGGCAGGUACGAAGAUAAUUUCUCCGCUGUCAGAUGUCUCUUCGAGGCCGGUGAAGCCUUGUCGAUUGACAGUUGGUCGUGAGAUUGAUUGCUUGACCGCAGCAUACAUCUUCGAGCAUGACAAUGAAGCUCAUCUGGAUAGUCCCGAUUGCUCGGAGGUCGAUCAGCUCGUUUGUUGUCAAAGUCUGGCAGCAUGUGCUUUCAAGGCACACACGUGUGAUCACUCAAGGAUGAUCGGACAGAUCUGCAAAGACAUUGUUCCAACGAGCAACCUCUGGAUCAAACCCAUCCCUUCCUCCAACAAUAUCCUGCCUUACGAGCACUUCGAGGGGAUCUUCAGGUCGAUCUGGAACAAAGAUCCAGUCAGGUUCAGGAUCCUCGUCCGGUCCAAGGAGAAGCACGUACUUGCGCUGUCGUCGGACUUGCAGGAGCUCAAGGCACUGUGGAGGACGCUCAACGAAACUCUGCUGCAAGCGUUGCAAGCGGCGGGGGUUCGCCCGUGUGUGCGGUGGAGGCCAAGGGCCAAUGAGAUGCUGAUACACAGAGGUAUAUCUGGAUUUGAGAUGGUCAAGAUCCUCUCCGAGCUCAUCGGCUGCUGCACAACUUCAGUCAUGAGGAAGAGAACAGCCGCGAGGGAGGAGGCGGAGGAGAGCGAGUCGAAGAGCUUGCAAGACAACGUUGAAGUCACGCUGCUGAUGAGGUUGGACCUGUGCAUGCUAGCGGGCCAGACUCUCUGUGCGUUGAUGAGGAGACGGAGGGCCAGCAAGCUUUCUUGGAUUGCAGCAGAGCUCAAGCGCAUGCAGGACUUCUUCGCUCUUCCUCCUGAUACCUUCAAGGGUCUCGCAGCUUCCGCUGCGUCUCCUCCUCCUCCUUCGCAGCCCCCACGGUCAUCCUGCAACCCCCAGGGCCUCCCGUCGAUAGUGACAUGGUGGAACAUUUCUCCCUCCCCCCGCACGAUCCAACGCAGGACGCGAGACUUUCCGUCGGUCGUCACCUGGUGGGGAGCAGACAAGGGCGGCGGAGACAGGUCAAGGGCUGCAGAGGAGGAGGGGGAGGGAGGAGAGAAGGAGGAGGAGGAUACCUGGGCUGUCGAGCAAGAGAUGAGCCAUGAGGGCGAUGCUCAGGAGGAAAACCUUCGAGCGCUGGGAGGAAUGAUGAUCAACGUGUGGGGGAUAACUCUUGGAAGCUCGGAGGAGGAGGAGGAGGAGGGGGGAGGGGAGGAGGGGGCGCAGGGAGAGGAGGAGGAGCUUCGUCGAGUGAGAGAUCACUUGAACCGCCUGCAAUCUCUUCCACGAACAACAAGGGAAAAGGAAGUACUGUCCUCCCUCUCCUCCUCCCUGGACCUCGACAUCCUCGCAGUCCGCUUGUGGGAGGAUCGCAUGCUCGUGUCUGCGGCGUACAUUACGUGCAUCUCUCAGGACAUGGACAGCAUUCAGCUGGAGGGGGAAGGGCCGCAGGGCAGCAAGCGCGACAGAACUCCCCGCCCCUUCCCCGGUCUCCCCUCUCGACCCUCUGGGCCAUCCAAGGGAUGGAGAGUCGCUAUGAGAGCGUUGGGCGCUGGAGUGCUCGCCAUGAUCGAUGGGGAGCCUUCCCGGGGCAAGUCCAACCUGCUGAUGGAAACCCUCCGCCCUCUCAAGACUCUCCAUGGAACGGUCAAGGCCGCCAUGAAUGCUGCAGGAGACGGCGUGCAGGAGGCAAACGAGGUUUGCCUCCGCCCUGUGUGCGAGCCCAGCAGGACCCUUGCUCGAUGCGGAUUUCUUGAGGAAGUGUGCGAGCUCUGGAGCACGGCCAUCAACCAGCUCGUGGAGAGGAGCGGGAGGACGGAAGUGACGCGCGAAUGGUGCGCACUGAGGUGGGAAGUUGGACUUCAGCAGGAGGUGGGAAAGACAGUCUACGGAAGCAAGGACCUUUCCUCUGUGUUCCUCCGAUACCGUCAAGGCAUUCGAUCUGUGGUACGGUCUGCUGUCUUACAGGAUCCCGUGAGCUUGCUGUCGGAAAAAGCGAAGGGGACGGGAAGGCAGCUUGCUUUCACGAUCCGCAAACAUGGGAGCUCUCGGCCCAUCACGCUUGUUGGCUUCGGCUUCGGCGCGAGCACGAUACUCUCUGCCUUGAUCGAGUUGGCCCGGACAGCUUCCUACGGACUGGUAGACGAAGUCUACCUCAUCGGCAUGCCCUCCACCUACGACGAGUCCUCAUGGCGCGAGGCGCGAGGGAGGUUUGUGAACUGCUACCACUCGUCGGACAAGUCAGUCCAGACGAUCAUCAGUCGAGCACUCCAUGGCCUUGUCUGUGUCCUCGUCCCAUCGCCUGCCUUGCUGAUGGUCCUGCAGGACGUCGGGAUCUCUGCUAUGGCCAACGGGUUCGUGGACUACCGGGGACACCUGGUCGACGUGCUGUCGUCGGUUCGUCUCAUUCCUUAG